CAUGAAAAAACUCACCUCAAUUAGUGGGAGCCCCUGGCCUUUUCCCUUUGCAAAAAAGCUCUCCAUAGUUAGUAGUAGGCUUUUUUUUUUCGGCUUUAGUAUCUGAUGGGUUAUAGGUGAUACAUCACAUUCAAGGACAAGGGCAUGGAUAUAUAAUAAAGCUAGAAAUACUUGCCAUUAGUCCCAUUAGAUUUCUGUGGAUUUCUAUUUCCAUUCUAAAAGUUAUGUAUUCAUAUUUUGUGCAAUAUUUCAUAUGUAGAUUCACUGUUAGCUUUUUUUGGUCCAAUUUUCCAUGCGUAAAUACAUCUGUUAUUGCUAACUACUUGUGUAUUAGGACUGUGUGCAAUAAUAGCAGCACUUUAACUUACUAGGCCAAAGGAGAUGUGUAUUUUCUUCCUUCAGCACAAGUAUUAUAUGCAACAAUUUAGCACUUCUCCAUUAAACUACUAUGGUCACUUUGUUCCUGAUCAGCCCUGAUCUUAGGUCAUCAACCUGCUGCGGACUGCAGAUGGAACCUAGCUUUUGGCUACGAUUUGGCACCUACACAUUUAAUGUUUAUUCAUGUGCAUUGUUCCAUGUAACAAAGACCUAACAAAUAUUGCAAAUGGAGACUUUCUAUCAGGAGUUUUAUAAUAGAUCCAGGAACAAGCUUAUUGGUGUGUCUGGUGGGACUAGCCAAAGUUAAGGAGGAGAAAAUGCGGUCAGUUAUAAAUGAUUAAUGUCUCUGUGCGGCCUGGCAGCAAAUGCGUCACGAACCAGUGGUCGGGGACCACUGGACUCUACAUAACAUGUAAUGGUGGUUCUUUGGUCAAAAUGUUGCAUAGAUUAUGUUUUACAGACUUCUUUGUGGGCGGUCUUAUUUACGUACUUCCACCUCGACUGCGUCUUCUCCCGGUCGUCUAUAUUGUAGUUUUCAGCGCGUCCUUAUGAUGACUACCGACAGAUAUAAGUUAGAACUACAUGCUACUUUGUAUUAGAAAUGGCCACAGCGCAGGAUGCAUGUGCAUGUACGAGACAGUCUGCCCCACAAAAAAUGGAUAGAGAAAAAGAAGGAACUUAUUGACACCAAUGGCGGACUCAGUUAAAACUUUACCAUAUGUUGAGAUAUCCGCUGACGUCACUAAUGGGAAAAACAUCACAAAUUGUGCAAAUUCCAAACGACUCGUUUGAAGGAAGGCAAGAUUGUUUUAUAAAUAUCUCAGCCAUGCCUCCAUGGUUUGACUUUUGCAGAUCCCAAAUACAUAAAACAUGUACCAAUAGGUAAGACAAGUUGGUUGUGGGCACCUUUAAACGAUGCUUAUGUAUCAGUUCAAUAUUAGUGUAGGUGUUGUCUUCUGUGACUUUGGCCUAACUUUUAGCCACUGGUGCAAGUAGGGCCCCUGAACAUGUAAAACUGACUCCACUAAUUACAUUAAAAUAAGUUUAUAGUGAGGAAAAAACUAAGUGAAUAGAGGUAAGGUUAUUUAUUGCAAUACUUUGCCGUAUUGAUACUUUUAAUGCAAUUGUGCGUCACUGCACCCUGAGACUUCACACGUCUCACCUUCUUAAUGUUCACAAUCUAGACAUUGUUUUUGUUUUUUAUCCCUUUAGUCAUAUUACCAAACUUUUUGAGUAUGGCCUUUCAUAUUGGACUCAGUUCUAUGUUUAUUCUCCUUAGUUUAUCUUCACCGGUAUUCAUUUAUGGUUGCAUAAGUACUCCAAAAAGCAAAAUCUACCUGAAGAGUUGAAAUCUGAAGUUUGUAAAGGCGUCAUUUCGUGAUAUUUAUUUAAUAUGUUAAGGUUCCACUGUACUGUAUAUGACAAAACUGUUUUUUUGACUUAUCAAAAUAUUAUCAGUGAUAAAAAUACAACUUGUCAUAUAUAAAAAGCCUAGAUGGUGGUGUUCUGCUUGUUUGGUGUUCACUUCUGGGGCUCACUUCUGUUGCUUCUGUCCUUCUUUCUUCCUUCCUCCACUAAUGGAUGGAACCACACCAUCACUUUAGGAGCUUGAUGAGUUUGCUGAUGAUCGGAUGGCGCUGGUGUCAGGAAUCAGUCUAGAUCCUGAAGCAGCCAUCGGCGUCACCAAGAAACUGCCUCCUAAAUGGAUAGAGGGCAUCGAUGAGAUCCACUAUGAAAUCUCACGGGUUCGACAGAAAAUGAAGGACCUGGCUCUGCUUCAUGACAAGCACAUGAAUCGUCCCACCUUGGAUGACAGCAGUGAAGAAGAGCACGCCAUAGAAAUCACCACCCAGGAGAUCACACAGAUGUUCCAUCGAUGCCAGAGAGCCGUCACUGGCUUGCAGUCCCGCUGUGGCCACUGCACCGAGCAGGAGGAGAGACUAUUGAGAAACGUGGUCUCAUCUCUGGCACAAAGUCUGCAGGACCUGUCCACCACUUUCAGACACACACAGUCCAGCUACUUAAAACGAAUGAAGAAUCGUGAGGAGCGAUCAAAGCACUUUUUUGACUCAGGGCCGCUAAUGGAAGAAGACGAAGAGCUAGCUGUGUAUGACAAGGGCUUUACAGAUGACCAACUGAUGUUGGUGGAGCAGAAUACAGUCAUGGUUGAAGAACGAGAGCGAGAGAUCAGACAAAUAGUUCAGUCCAUCUCUGAUCUGAAUGAGAUUUUCCGGGACUUGGCCAGCAUGGUGGUGGAGCAGGGCACCGUCCUUGACAGAAUCGACUUCAACGUGGAGCAAGCGUGCGUCAAAACAGACGAUGGCCUAAAACAGUUACAAAAGGCCGAGCAGUACCAGAAGAAAAACCGGAAGAUGCUGGUCAUUUUGAUCCUAUUUGUCAUAGUCAUCAUUCUAAUAAUUAUUCUCUUUUCAACCAAGUUUUAAUCUUACAAUUAUUUUUGCUCUCCGUGUGAGUGUUUGUUGUGGAGUCUGUGAACCUCUGCUCCGACAAAAGCAGACAGCCUUUCCCACCGUAAGUCUGUUUUUUUUUUUCAAUCAAAGUAACAAUCGACAGAAUCUUUUAUCUGUGGCUGAUUUAUGACGUGUCUGGUAUGGAAAAACUCCACCACCUUGGACUAGCUGCCUGUUGUUUAUGCAGUGUAAAGACAGACAUGUUAUUGUUUGCUUCUUUCUGCUUGGUUCCAAUGUGAAUAUGCAUUCUUUCUUUUGAAGAGACAAUGCAAUGGGGGAUUAUGGGUAGUCUUGACACAUUAUUUUCCUGUGUUGAUCAUACACUACCAAAUAUUCCUACGGUUGAGCGCCUGUUAAUCAUUGGAUAUUCUAAUGGAAUAACACUGCUUGGUAAGUAGCUGUCCCAACAUUCUAGAAUCAUCCGUUUAUUUAACAGGUGCUACGCUUGUCAAAAACGAUUGAACUACGCAGUUUUGUUUUCAAGCGCUAUCCCCUUUUUGAACUGCAAUUUGCACAUACUUGAGGCCUGAGCAAGAGGAGUGUGUCGUGAUAUGGACGUAGUACUACUGUCAUCUGUAUGAUGAAAAUAUUUAUUUUUUAAAAACGACCAAUGACCAAGACAUUCUGUGUCCUGCAGAAUGAUUGUAUGUUAGGUAAAACUAGUAGCUCUACGUACACUAAGGACUCCACUAAGGAAACUGUGGUCCAUCCCGCAUAUGCAGAUACAUAAAGACUUCUUUUAUUCUGCUGUUAUGUUCACGUAUAAAGACUUGAUAUGCCGAGACGAUGAAGAGCUUUAUUUAACAUAUCUGUUCAUUUAUGCUUAUUUUAUACACCAUCUCUGUCAUUGAUGUGAAGUGGGUGUAAACAAAUGUCCAAGUGGUACUAUUCAUGAGUGAAGGUUUUUUUUUAAUAAACAUGGAAUAUGUU